AUGUGUUCAAGAACAUUGAUCAAUGAAGAAGAUUUUUUUGAAUCUGAUUAUAGGAGUAUCACUAAUCACGAGAAUCAAGCUGAAUCUGUCACCUGUUCUUGUGAUAAUGAUGAUGCAAAGCUAAAUCCUAGAAAAGAUGAUAAUGUUAAAAAAAUUUUUAAAGAAUUAACCAACAGACCACAAGACUUCAAUCCAUUACCAAAGGUGUCAGAUGUGAAAACAGGGGAUCCUAUAAUUCCAGAAACAAUAUUCGUCAGAUUACACAAUAAAAUACUUCAUGCUGAAAAGAUUCUUAAUAAAAAACACGUGAAGUAUCCCACAUAG